GUCCCAACACAAUUAGCUACAACACCACGAUUCGUGCAUGUGAGAAGGGCAGCCAAUGGCGUGCGGUCUUGCAGCUGCAUCAUGAGAUGCUUUAUGCAAGUGUCCCCGUCGACGUCCUCAGCUUCAAUUCGGCCUUAAGGUCUUGCAACAGCUGCUCUCAGUGGCCACUGGCCUUGCGGCUCUUUCCGUCAAUUACGAAGCGCGGGCUCUCGCCCAACGUCCUCAGCUACAACGCCCUACUCCACUCCUACGAAGCAGGCAUGCAAUGGCAGCAUGCUCUGUGUGAAUUCGAUGCGAUGAUCCAGAAAGAUGCGGUUAGCUACAACACCGCCCUUCGUGCCUGCCAGAAGGGUCUUGCAUGGCAAGCAGGCAUCCACAUGUUGACUUGCAUGGUCAGUGCAUCUUUCCCUCCAGACAUAUUUAGCUACAAUGCAAGCAUCAGCUCUUGUGAGAAGGGCUCGCAGUGGCUGGUGGCUGUGCAUUUCCUGGACCUCAUGCCGACAGUUUCCAUCACACCCGACACUAUCAGCUACAAUGCUGCUUUGGCCGCCAGCAAAGCAGGAAAAGCCUGGCAAUGGGCAGUGCAAUUGCUCAACUCCUUCCCGGCCAAGAGUCUCCUGCCGGAUGCAAUCUCCUUCAACACAACCCUGACGGCCGUGGUCGAUGCUGUCCACUGGGAGAAGGCUCUUGGCCUCUUCGAUGUCAUGCCUGAGCGUCAGGUUCAGCCAAACAUCAUCAGCUACAAUGCUGCCAUCAGUGCAGCGGCAGUCGAGUCGCGGUGGCAAUCGGCAAUGGAUCUUUUUCGUUCUGCGCGGGAUGGAAAGCUCGCAUGCGACGUGAUGUCCUACAACGCGGUGCUGAAAUCUCUCGAGCUUGUCAAACACUGGACUGUGGCUUUUGAACUGCUGAAUUCGAUGCCCACUGCACGGGUAUCUCCAGAUGUUAUCUGCUACAGCAUGGCAAUCGGAGCCUCCAGUGGUGAGGAGCAGUGGGAACGGUCCUUGUUCCUUUGGGAUUCGCUGGUGGACAAACAGCUGCGCCCGGAUGUUGUGACUUACCACGCUGCCAUGAUGUCGUUCGACAAGGGCACACAGUGGCAGCGAAGUCUGGCACUCUUGCAUUCGAUGUCCAGGAACUCCGUGCAGCGAAUCUCACCGAGCUACAACAUGGUCUUGAAUGCGUGCCAGAAGGCCUCAGAGUGGCAGUUGGCUCUUGGGCUGUUUGCAUCGAUGUCAGGAGACCGCGCCACACCUAGCGUGGUCAGCUACGGUGUUUUGAUCACCGCACUGCAGCGCGGCGAGCAGUGGCAGCUGGGUCUACUGCUCUUUCAUGCACUGCCGGAUGCGGAUAUCAUUCCAGACGAGUCAAUCUAUGCUGCAGCGUUGGCAUGCUGCCAGUCCGCUGCCGACGCGCGACAGCUUUGGCGCGCCAGCUGA